UGGACACUAGGUUCAGAGGCUACAGGGGCAGGGGAAGGGCACAUGUACAUGAUCCUGGGGUGGGGGUUGGCCAUGCUGGGCCAUAGAACUCCUGUCUCCCUUCUCAUCCUUACCUCUUCCCCUGAGCUUGCAAUCUGCCUUUCUAUGAGCAGAGGGGUGAUAGGGUUCACUACAGGAUCUCUGGAGAAAGUUGGGGCCCAGGAAUGGGCAGGAGGAACACACACACUUCCCCAGAGGAUAAGACUCUCAUCGAUGUUAACCAUUACCCUCUGAGUUCCAAGGCAGCGUCUUCAAGGAGGCGGGACUUGAGAGGGGGUAGGUGGGAGGGUCAGCUGGUUACAAUGGACCUUGUCCCUUGUCUGAGCACUGGGUCACUGAUCCAACUAUGGAGGCAGCUGCAGGUAGGAGGCUGGGAGAUAUCCUCUGGUGGGCACUUAGGGCAAUUGGGGUUGGUGGGCAGGUUGGGAGGCUUUGGGAUUAGUGGAUACCUGAUGCUGGGGCUUGGAACCCCGAGGCAAAUACACAGCAGUUAUGAGGAAAGAAGUGAGUUGACAUUUCUGUCUACCUGGUCCACACCCUGCACUGAUAUGCUUGGAUUUAUGAGCCAGGACUUGGAAGGGGAGGGGGAAGACACAACAGCCCUGUUCGUAUGGCAUUAGUAAAAAGGGAAGACCCUUUUGGAGCAGAACAGAGGGGGCCAGAACUGGGUUUAGGGUUCCCCAAGUCCUCUCAGUUUAUGACCAUAGAAGAGGUGUGUGUGUGUGAAAGAGGAAUUGCCUUUCCUUUCACCCACUUCUUUGUCCAGUAGAUCUUCAGGACACGGCAUCAUUAACUGUGUAAGUGACACAAUGGUUGGGGAAAGGGGGGAAGAAACUGAAGGUAGGGUGGGUCUUCAGUGUCAUUAACACUUAAGACAGAGCCUAGGACUUAAGUCCAGCUUCCAGCUUCUCUUACCUUUCCUGCCUCCUUGCAGGAAGUUUAAAUUUAACCCAAAGUUGGGCAUUGACAAUCCGGUCCUCUCCCUGGCCGAAGACUACAACUGCUCUGGGGUACCCUGGCAGGAGGCAACAGCUGCCAGUCAUGCCAUGGACCUGUACUUGGGCUGUGCCCCCUCCCCUUCCCCUUCCCUGCUGCCUACAUUCCCCUCCAGAUCCCUGGAAUUUGCAUCGGCCUCGCUUCUGUCUGUUGAGCAAAGAGGAAGGCAGGAGUUUUGGUUUUCACCUUCAGCAGCAGCUGGGCAGGGCUGGGCAUGUGGUGUGCAGAGUGGAGCCAGGCACCUCUGCCCACUGCCAAGGUCUCCAGGAAGGAGAUCAGAUUCUGGCAGUGAACAACAAUGUUGUGGAGCACGAGGACCAUGUGGUGGUGGUGCGUCACAUCCGGGCCAGCGGUCCCCGGGUGUUGCUGACAGUCUUGGCGAGGCAUGUCUAUGAUGCAGUCCGAGCUCAGCAGGGGAACGAUACCCACCUCUGUCCUGUCCUAGGCUCAGGGGUCCGGCCCCGGCUGUGCCAUGUAGUGAAAGAUGAGGGUGGCUUUGGCUUCAGUGUCACUCACGGAGCUCAAGGUCCUUUCUGGCUGGUGCUAAGUACAGGGGGAGCAGCUGAACGGGCAGGGGUGCCCCCUGGGGCCCGGCUGCUGGAAGUGAAUGGAGUCAGUGUGGAGAAGUUCACUCAUUACCAGCUCAGCAGGAAGCUUUGGCAGAGUGGAAAGCAGGUGACUCUGCUGGUGGCAGGGCCAGAGGUGGAGGAUCAGUGUCGCCAGCUGGGAAUGCCCCUAGCUGCACCCCUGGCAGAAGGCUGGACACUGCCUGCCAAGCCCCGUUGUCUACACCUAGAGAAGGGGCCCAAGGGCUUUGGGUUCCUGCUCCGGGAGGAGAAGGGCAUUGAUGGCCGACUUGGGCAGUUCCUUCGGGAGGUGGACCCAGGACUGCCAGCUGAGAAGGCUGGGAUGCGGGCAGGGGACCGGCUGGUGGCUGUGGCUGGGGAGAGUGUGGAGGAGCUGGGCCACGGGGAGACUGUAUCCCGGAUCCGAGAGCAGGGCUCUCGUGUUUCCCUCACUGUCGUCGACCCUGAGGCUGACCGCUUCUUCAGCAUGGUUCGCCUGUCCCCACUCCUCUUCUUGGAGAGCACAGAGCCUGCUGCCUCCCCGAAGGCCACUGACUUGACCUCUCCAGUUGAGACUGAGAACCGACCAGUGGAACACAAAGCUGGGUCUCCUGGUCCUCCUGGCUCCUGCCAGUGCUUCCUGUACCCUGGGCCUGGUGGUGGCUAUGGCUUCCGACUCAGCUGUGUGACCAGUGGGCCUUGUCUCUUCAUCUCUCAGGUGACCCCUGGAGGCUCAGCUGCCCAGGCAGGGCUGCAAAUGGGAGACGUGGUUCUGGAGGUGAACGGGUAUCCCGUGGGUGGUGAUAGUGACCUGGAAAGGCUUCAGCAGCUGGCUGAAGCUGAGCCACCCCUCUGCCUGACGCUGGCAGCCAGGUCUCAAGAGGGCUUGGAAGCCUGGAUUCCCCCAGGGUAUGGAGAGGACCGGGCUCUGGCCUCAGAUCUGCUGUAGAACAGCCCUACUUGGCACAGAUCUAUGGAGCAGCUUUCCCAUUUCCAUUCUGCUCAGAGUGGGAGCUGGAGGACUCCAAGGCACCACCGACAGGACUGCCCAGGGCUCCUUCCCCUCCCAUGGGCUCCCUUCCAGCUGAGAAUGUGGUCAGAGGCCAUGUGAAGAAGGCCCAUGAAGAGGCCUGAGGCUCCAGGGAAUGCUGUGGGAACUUCAGAGAGCUGCACACCAGGAUGAAGCUCCUGAGGAGGGGCGCUGUGGGGCUGGCAAGGAUUAAAACCAUUUGGAAGCUGACUACGGUGUGGUACAAGAAUUCAGAGACUAGUUACACCCUCCCUUGUGGACACCUGAGAAUUGUAAGGGCGGGUGCCUAGUUACUACCAUGUCCAGUUAUAGGAAUGGCCUUUUCUUGUAAA